UAAUAUCAAAAUCUUUAUUUAUUUUUUAAAAUUUCAGAAAACUCAACAACCAAAAAUCAAAGAAUGACAAGUAGUGUAUCUAUCUAUAUAUGUAUGAGUUAACUGAUUGUAAUUUGAGGAAGAGGAGAAGACUUAAUUAGCAGUUGCCGGAGAAGGACAUAAGAUGGCGGCGGCGACAACGUUGGCGGCGGAGGAGUGGAGAAGUAAUAGUAGGGUUCUUAUAAUCGGUGGAAGCGGUUAUAUUGGGAAAUUCAUCGCCGAAGCAAGUGCAAAGAAGGGUCAUCCUACAUUCGUUCUGAUUAGAGAAAACUCGAUUUCCAGUCCUGAAAAGUCUGACAUCUUUCAAAAAUUUAAGGAUGCCGGAAUCUCUCUUAUACAUGGUGAUAUAUUUGAUCAUGAUAGUUUGGUGAAGGCUAUAAAACAAGUGGACAUUGUCAUUUGUGCAGUUGCCAAGGAUCUGAUAGCCCACCAGACUAAGAUAAUCGCUGCCAUUAAAGAGGCCGGUAACAUCAAGAGAUUUGUGCCAUCUGAAUUCGGUAGUGACCCGGAAAGAAACAAUGCAAUUGAGCCGGCAAAAUCAGUGUACCAAGUAAAAGUUGGUAUUCGUCGAGCCAUUGAGGAAGAAGGGAUUCCUUACACUUAUGUCUGUUCCAACUGUUUCGGAGAAAUGUUCCUCAAGAAUCUUGCUCAAGUACUCGACCCACCAGCUUCUACUCAUCUCCCAACUGAUAAAGUUGUCAUCUUGGGCAAUGGCAAUAGCAAAGUGGUUUUCAACCAGGAAGCUGAUAUUGGUGAGUAUACCAUCAAAGCAGUGGAUGAUCCGAGAACUUUGAACAAAACGAUCUACCUUAGACCAUCUGGCAACAUAGUAUCCCUCAACGAUCUCGCCACUUUGUGGGAAAAGAAAAUUGGCAAGUCACUUGAGAGAAUUUAUGUAUCAGAGGAACAACUUCUCAAGAAAAUCGAGGAAUCAGCAUUUGCAUAUAAAGUUGUGUUAUCACUCUGUCACUCGGCUUUUGUAAAGGGAGAUCAGACGAACUUCGAGAUUGACCCAUCCUUGGCUGUGGAAGCAUCCCAACUCUAUCCUGAUGUGAACUACACCUCCAUUGACCAAUACCUUGACCUACUAUUGCUACAAGAAGUCAAUCACUAGUUAAGCUCUUCAUGAAUAAUCUUUUGUUGUUCUUCUCUUCUUAUUGUGCAACUGUAAUGAUCAUAAGACAUUCUAUUUCAAAACAUUAUUAUUAUUCAUAGACUUCAUUUGAUUUAAUUAA